AUGAUUUCGGGUGAUUUAAACUUUUGCACAGAUAAUAAAAAUGUCACUUAUGAUAAUGAUACAGAUAAGUGUUAUACACAACAAUCAGAUUUAGCUGAACAACGUCAUAUUGUUAAACUUAUUAGACGUGAUGAAAAUACAAGUUUAGAAUUAACCUGUCUUAUAUGUCCAGAUGAAAAUUCAACAAAUUUCCAAUGGUUUCGUAUCACUCGUAAAAAAUAUGGCAAAACAAUAUUUACUUUAAGUGACAAUACGUUUUAUGGUAGUAGAUGGAUACUGGAUGUAAAUUUACUUGAACCAGUUGUAAGUGAUGUGCAAAUGAAUGAUCCUUGUUUGGUGAAUCAUACCAAUGAAUUAAUAUAUACAAAAUUUGCACCAAUGACGGAUUCUGGUACUUAUGUAUGUCGAUCACUACAUGACAAUGAUCAUCCUUCAAAUUUUAUAUGGUAUCAUAUAGAUUAUAUAAAUUUUUAUGAAUCUGUAUCAUAUAAAUUAAGUAUACCUUCAAUACAUCAAAUGAAUAAAUUUGCCACAUCAAAUUAUCAAUUAACACAAUUUCAAAAUAUUGUUGAAAAAGAGAUUGAUUUAUCAGAAGAUUUUCAAGAUCAAGAAUUUAAUUUAUUGUAUAUUACAUCGAAAUCAUUUCAUAAUUUAACAGAUCAUGAAUCUUGUGGUCGUAUUAAAGUUCGACAAAAUCGUGUCUGUUAUAUACGUAUACCUAGAUCGUUACCGACAAAUAUUGACAAUUAUCCGGAAGAAAUACAAUUAAUAUAUUUGAUUUUAUUAAAUGGAUUCAGUGAAUUUGGACAAUUUUAUGAUGAUAUUGACCAAUCGGAUUUGUGGGAGACAUUUAAACAAACCUCAGAAAGUCAAGCAAAUGAUUUAGGUUUCAAAUUGUUUAUGAAUGAAACUUAUCUCUAUAUACCAUGUCAAUAUAAUUUUUUUAAACAAUUGCCUAAUUUAAAUGGAGCAUUUCAACCAUUGAAAAUUUUCAAUCUUCACAUUACCGUAACAUAUGAAUUAAGUUGUGGUCAAUCGGAUGCAAUGGAAAUUGUGAAUUUAGCUUUACAACGUGAUAUAACUAAAAUGAAAUUGAAAAUUCUUGGUUUUGAAGAUGUAAGAUUUAUGAAAUUAGAAAAAUUAGCUAUUGAACAUGAACCAUUAUUAAAAUUAGACUGUCAUCUUACAGAAGAUUAUAAAUGUGAUAAUCCAAACAAUGAUUAUCCAAUUAUAUGGCGUACAUCGAAUUAUACAUUUUAUUUACGUACUAUAUUGAAUGAACGAAUUCAUAUGAAUGAAAAAUGUGAAUUAAUUAUUCACAAUGUCAAUUUAAAUGAUUCUGAUGUGUAUAGUUGUUAUACCAAAGAUACACGUCAACCGAAUACAUGGCAUCAUCAACCGAAAAUAUCAAUACGUUUAAAAAUUGAAAAAUCACAUCAUGAAUGGCCUAGUAAAAAUGAUCUAUUCACUGGUUUAUUAUUUCUAACUAUAUGGAGUAUUUUUAUUCUGAUAAUAUGGUUUAUUUUAUUAAUUUAUAAUUUAUACAUUAUCCAUGAAUCAAAAUUAUUAAUUGAUAAACAUUUAGCAUAUAAUGAAUAUGUGAAAAAUAAAAAUAGUCAAUUUUCCGAUAACACACAAACAUUUAAUACAAUUCCAAACGAGACUAUUCAAAUAGUGUAA